UGGAAACUGAAAACCUAGUUCCUAGUUCAGCCAGGCUGAAAGACUCAGGAUUGCAAGUUGCAAAGGUAAAAGCUCCCGACCUAUGAUGGAGCAGGGACUCAGGACCAUUCCAACCUGGAAACUUGACAAGUUCAUUGAGGAUUACCUCCUUCCGGACACCAUCUUUGGUGCUGAUGUCAAAUCAGCCAUCAAGGUCAUGUGUGAUUUCCUGAAAGAGAGAUGCUUCCAAGGUGCUGCUCACCCAGUGAGGGUCUCCAAGGUGGUGAAGGGUGGCUCCUCAGGCAAAGGCACCACACUCAAGGGUAGGUCAGACGCUGACCUGGUGGUGUUCCUUAACAAUCUCACCAGCUUUCAGGAUCAAUUAAAUCGACGGGGAGAGUUCAUCAAGGAAAUUAAGAAACGGCUGUACGAGCUUCAGUGUGAGAAACAUUUUGGAGUGAAGUUUGAGGUCCAGAGUUCAUGGUGGCCCAACGCCCGGGCUCUGAGCUUCAAGCUGAGCGUCCCCCACCUUCAUCAGGAGGUGGAGUUUGAUGUGCUUCCAGCCUUUGAUGUCCUGGGACAGGUUAGCAUCUACAGCAGGCCUGACCCCCAAAUAUAUGCCCUCCUCAUCAGGGAAUGUGUCUCCCUGGGGCUGGAGGGCGAGUUCUCUGCCUGCUUCACAGAGCUCCAGCGGAACUUCCUGAAGCAGCGCCCAACCAAGCUGAAGAGUCUAAUACGCCUGGUCAAGCACUGGUACCAACUGUGUAAGGAGAAGCUGGGGAAGCCACUGCCCCCACAGUAUGCCCUGGAGCUGCUCACAGUCCAUGCCUGGGAGCAUGGGAAUGGAUUCACUGAGUUCAACACAGCCCAGGGCUUUGGGACAGUCUUGGAACUAGUCAUCAAGUACAAGCAGCUUCGAAUCUACUGGACAGCAUAUUAUGACUUUCAACACCAGGAGGUCUCCGACUACCUGGGGAACCUAGAGGGCUGGAGGCGGUUGGCUGAAGAGGCUGAUGUGUGGCUGUGGUACCCAUGCUUUAUAAAAAAGGAUGGUUCCCGAGUGAGCUCCUGGGAUGUGCCGACGGAGGUUCCUGUACCUUUCCAGCAGGUGGACGAGAACUGGACCUGUCUCCUGCUGUGAGCACAGCAGCAUCUGCCCAGGAGGCUCUGGAGUCAGGGGCAUGUGCUGCUCUGCUGCAGGCCCUUGACCCAAUGAGGGAGGGCCCCGCCUGGGAUCAGACUCCAUGCCUCUGAUGCCUGCCCACCAUAUUUGACUCCUGUCCAAUCACAGACACCCUUCCUCAACACAUUCAGAAGAGGAGGAAAGAACUCAAGCUUGAGUUCCAUCAGUCCACCUGUUGGGAGGUUCUGUCCAACAAUAAUUGAUCAGCAACAAUAAACCACAGCAGGUUCCAUAAGGGUGUGUGAACUCUGAGGUGCGGGCCCCAGAAGUACAGUACAGGUGUGUGCCUGUGCAUGUGCCCGUGCACAUGUAUGUGUGUGUUUCUUCAUGGUUCAACUAGAUGCGUUUAUUGAGCAUUUAAUACAUACUCUACAUGAUCCAGAUGUUCAACAGUGAUUAAAAUAAAACCAAAGUGCUACCA